UAUGUGGAAGCUUCAGGUCAGAGUUAACUACUUCGUCAUGGGAUAGUGGAGAUUCGGAUAUAUUAAUACCAUCGGAGAUCGAUAUAUUUUUUCAAUCAUCUCUACCCAUCACAAGUGCCGACUCACGAAGUGAGCAUUCUAGACACAGAGUGGAUGGCUCUUUCAUCAUGUCUGCUUUCAGCAAUGCUUCUAUACCAUCUGAUUUCAGACCAACUUUUAGGUUAUUUGCCGCUUCGUCAUCAGCCCAGGUUGAUGUACACAUGGUCUAUUAUUACGAUUUGCAUUACGUUUGA